ACUGUAAGCUAACAUUUACAUGCUGUGCCUCAUACCUACCUACAGAUUAACAGACUCAUCUUUCCACAUGUUGUUAAUCUUUUCUUCUCUUGUCCCGACUGAAUCAAUCAAUCUCUCAUAAAGCAUAGUAUUAUCGCCAAGGCACUCUGGCCGUCAAGAGAUUGAAGUUUACGAAAAUGGCCGAGACUCCCAUGAGCGUCGUGAUUAUCGGAGGUUCCCUCACUGCUCUAUUCCACGGAAUUGUCCUUCAAAGACUUGGACACAAUGUUCGAAUACUCGAACGUAAUCCCCUUUCUCAGCAAAUGAGUCUUGGAGCCGGUAUAGCCGCCAUGGGUCAUGCCCAAGCAUUUAUUAACAAACAUGACGAGACCAAAACACCAUACUCUGUCAUGAGUCCAAAUGUCCAAUAUCUCGAUCAGAAUGUCAAAGUUAAAAGCACGUGGAAUAUCUCUAUUGCAAUGACCAGUUGGAAAAUUCUAUAUAACGUUAUGAGAGCCAAUUUUGACGGUCUGACAAGUGAUAUCUGUGCUCAACCUCCUCCCAAGCUAGUGGGGCGGGGCUCGGCUAUCUAUGAUCACGGCAAGGAAGUGACUGGAGUCGAAUAUAAAGAUGAGCUGGUCACUGUCAAAUACCGCGAAACGGGAACUGAAAAGUAUGGAACGAUUCACGCCGAUCUUGUUCUUAUUAGUUAUGCUGGGUAUGUGUCCUGGAGAGGAACGGCGCCAGAAAGUGAGAUUUCGGAGGAAACAAAAAUGACAUUUGCGUAUAAAACGACAUUCUUCGCUUACAAAGGCGGUUAUAUUGUUCUCUAUACCAUCCCAGGAGAAGAUGGAAAUACUUCUCCCGGUCACCGCCAACUCAAUUGGGUCUGGUAUAACCAACAUCCCGAGAGCUCACAGGAAUAUGUAGACUUAAUGACAGAUAUCGACGGGCAUAGACACCGCAGCACCUUACCCAUCGGGAAAGUAGACCCCCAAAAGUGGGUGCAACAAAAAGUUCUCGCUCUCGAGAUCCUACCCGAUCCCUUCGCCGAAAUGGUACAAAAAACCACAAAACCAUUUAUCUCCGCGGUCAACGAUCGCGAAAUCGCUAAGCCAUCCAUGUUUAAUGGCAAAGUACUUUUCGUAGGUGAUGCGCUUGCGUCGUUUCGCCCACAUGUGGCGUCGAGUACUAAUCAGGCGGCGCUGGAUGCACAGCUUUUGGAACGGUUGAUGAAGGGGGAGAUUAGUGUUGAGGAGUGGGAGGCUGGGGUUCUGGAUUUCGCGUAUUUGACGAAGGUGAGGAGUGAACUUUGGGGGGCGUAUUAUGUAUUUGGGGUUGCGACGUGGAUUUUUGUGGUGACGUUCUGGAGGUAUUGGAAGAUGGUUGUUGGGCAGGCUUUUUGGAGACGGAUUUAUGGGUAGAUUUUAAAGGGUUUAUGGUUGGAAUAUUUGAUUUUGUUGAUUGGGAACUCAUUACUCAUGUACUGAGUUAGAUGUUCGUGUAUGGUGUUUGAUCGGGAGAACUUUUCUUGUACUUAGUUGGCUAUGCUAUUUUAAAGCUUUUUAUUCGUCGCACAAGACAAGGCUAAUGACUUUGGAUAGUUCUCUACUUUCCUUCGAAGACGAGCGCUUUAUCAGAAGAGUAAAGACACGAGACCUCAAAUACCAAAUUGCGCACUACUAGAUAAUGGGUGAAAGUGUAUUGUGAGGCGUGUUGUGGCAUUUUGUGAGUAUUAUUUGGAGGUAUUGGGGGUGCUGAGGGGGAAAAAGUGAGAGUUGGCUGGCAUAAGAUGGCAUGGGAAGAAGAUGGAAAUGCUUUAUCAACUCGAAUGGAUAUUUUUUUCUAUGACUGAAAUACACUGCAUA